AUGGGGUCCUCACGUGUUCCACGGGCCUCGGAACAUGAGAGGGAACUCUGUCACACACACUCAACGGAGAACUCUGACGCCGGCAGCAUCGCGAGCAACUUAGGCAUUCCAUUCGAUCCAACGUCUUCAAGCUCCACGAUACUCCCACCGCCUUGCCAGCGGUCAUCGGAUGAGGGGACGACAGCCAAACAGCUAGAAGCAUUGCCGUGCCUUUCAGAUGAUGAGGUGGUCAAUGUACAUGCCAAGCCCGCGCGCAGCUUGGCUCGGAAUUGGGACAGUGCUACGAUCUGCAUGUUCACCGGAUUGCUUCCCAUAUAUUUCCUUGUCUUCGCUGGACUCGCUAUCAAGCAGGACAUGAGCAUUUAUGACGAAUCAUCACCGGAUGCACAGUCGCAGCGGUUGCUUCAGGCUGCUAAAUACGGACCAUCCAUAUUCCCGAUACUGUUCGUAGCAGUACUCGGUCAGUUAAUGACAGUCCUCGCCUCGUGGAAGCUUGAAAGCAGCAUAAGCAUUGGACUACUAGAGUGCCUUCUUGCGAGCAGAUCGUUGGCCUCUGCAUUCCUGGCGCUCGUCAAAUUGAGGAUCUUCAAUCUUUGGGUGCCAGUCAUCCUUGUGGCUUGGUGUCUGUCGCCGCUUGGUGGUCAGUCAGCUUUACGCAUCGUCUACACCACAUCUUCGCAAAGCACCACUGUAGUGCCGAUGACCUAUCUGGACACCGAAAACACACCACUAAUUGGCAUAUGGGCCAACGACUACGGAUCAUUGGGCUCAGUCAUAGACUCUACAUUCGUGACUGGCCUCGCGAGUCCAGGGACCUCCAAAAAUGGAUCUCAGGAUCUUUAUGGGAAUAUCCAGGUACCAAUGCUGGAGGCCGUAACCUUGCCCGGUGAACCCGAUGGAUGGUACGAACUUUACCCUCCAGAAAAGCCGCCACAUGCAGCUCUACUCGGCGUCCCCUUCAAAGUAGUCGACUCACUGGCAAAGUCGUCGUUCUUCAUGGAGACGAACUACAAAUAUAUGGACUGUAGUGCACAGAUGUACAGUGAUGCCGAGUUCUUCCGUGUGAACAAUACCCGUACCUGGGCACCGACAGACCCUGCGAACUUUUGA